AUGGCCCUGUUCUGCAGAACCGCAGCACUGCUCUUGAAGCCAGGAGCUCUCUCCUCCACUCUCUCUGUCGCUCGUCAAUACAGUGCGGGUAAGAGGUUACUGCUAAUUUCAUUUUAGAAAAGCAUUGCCGUUUGCAGUGCCUUUAUUUUUUACUAGUGCCUCUACCACAAAGUCAUGGAGCUAGUUACGUCAUUACAUGUGCGACGCUAGAUGCUUUGCAGAUGGGUCCAUGCUACUCGGAAUCCUUGGGACGUCCCUGGGUAUGGUUAAAGUGAUAUUACAUUUACGUCAUUUAGCAGACGCUCUUAUCCAGAGCGAUUUACAGUUAGUGAGUGUAUACAUUUCAGGAUUCUACUUCCCAAGAGUCAGAUGAACUCGUGGAUACCAUUUUUAUGUCUGCGUGCAAUUUGAAGGAAGUUUCUAACUAGUACUAGCACAAUUGCCAAGUCAUUACUACGGAUUUUGGCAAAGGCAGAUGAACUGGUGGAUUCCAUUUUUAUGUCUCAGUCUCAGUGUCCAGUAUUAAGUCAUUGCGCUAAUGCUAGUUAGCAUUGGCUCGCAAAACGACCUCUAACUUCCUUCAUACUGGACACAGAGACAUAAAAAUAGUAUCCACGAGUUAAUCUGCCUUCGGGGAAGUAGAUAAAGGGCAUUAUUGCCAAAAUCCCGAAGUAUACCUUUAAGGUUAGGGUUUAGGGUAGGGACAUCCCAAGGAUAGAUAGCACUAAGUGUUUCAGAUUGACAAAGAGGAAGAGGAGAAACCAGAGGAUUUACCCCGCCCUAAAAUCUGUCAGCGUGAGAUAAACCCUUUUAUGUAUGGGUGUCAAAUUAGGUGAGGCUUAUUUGAUCGAAUAUACGUUUUGCAAUGAACUGAUAUAAGUGGAUGCACUUGGCUUUCCUGUGUCAGAUCUGACUGCCUACUGAAUCUGACUGACAGUCUUGCCGAUAGAUACACACGGCGAGGCGUGGCUUAAAAUCCCAAUGUCGUUGCCUACUCGAGGCGCCCGGCCGUCACUGACGCUCGUUUACCAAGUACAUCGGGCCGUUUCCGUCAACCGGAAUUCAGCCGACUUUGCCGGCAUCUUACCAGAAUCCCCCCAGAAGCGGCCCCGAUGCAAAUUUAAAGAAAUGUAUAAAAAAUUUCCCGAUUUUAGUAAUUUUAAAUAUUACUAUUAUACAUUUUAUACAUACAAAUGAUACCUAUCCACAAAGUUUUUAAUGCUGAUCAUUUGCCUAUGCACAAAGUAUCAAAAUACUAAAAUACUACUUAAACAGGACUCUUAAAGAAUUUAAUUUAAAUUAAAUGUUUUGAUCACAGAAACAAUUAAGUAGUUUGAUUUUGUCUAUUUAAGCUUUCUUUCUUUUUAAGCUCUAGUAGGCAUUCAGUUUUCUCCAUCACUCCUCCAAGGUCUGGUCACUUCUCACUCGCUCUCUCCUUUUUCUCCCUCCAGCUCUGUCAGGGGCUAGCUGCAUCGAUCGUUUUAUGGUAUUUUUCUAUCUCCACAUCAGGAACUUCAGAAUGGCUGCCACGCAGCGACGUAUAUGAUGAAUAUAAUACUAAUUUGAAGAAAGCUGGAAUGGUACUCUGGGUCAGAUUGUGGCUUGGUUGAUUACCUUUCAGCAAUGCAUGUAAUGAUCAAAUCAAAUCAAAUUUUAUUGGUCACAUGCGCCGAAUACAACAGGUGCAGACAUUACAGUGAAAUGCUUACUUACAGCCCUUAACCAACAGUGCAUUUAUUUUUAACAAAAAAAGUAAAAAUAAAACAACAACAAAAAAAGUGUUGAGAAAAAAAAGAGCAGAAGUAAAAUAAAGUGACAGUAGGGAGGCUAUAUAUACAGGGGGGUACCGUUGCAGAGUCAAUGUGCGGGGGCACCGGCUAAUUGAGGUAAUAUGUACAUGUGGGUAGAGUUAUUGUAUGACAAGAUAAUGAUAUCUUGUCAUACAAGGUUAUUUUUUAAGUCUUGAUCUGAAAGUUGGCCCUCAACUCUCCUCAAGUCUUCCAGCGAGGACAUUGGAAGUUGAAGGUCUGUCAAAUCUGAAACCUGAUCAAGGGUUGAUCUGUUCGCCUGGAGCUUUUGCAGCUGAGGCAAAAUCUGCUUUUGCUGUUGCUUAAUCAUUUCUAUGGAGGUUAGGAUCUCAUGAAGAAUUGCUGAAAAAAUACAAAACAGAACACAGUUGUGUUUUAUCCCUCACAUCCUUUCAGUAGUUAAAGUUUAUAAAAGAUAAUAAAGAUAAAUAUAAACAACAUAAUCAACACAAUCACAUUAUACAAGCAUUUACAUACUGAUGUUACAAGAAAACAAUUUCUCAGCUCUGGCAUCCAACCAAAAUGCAGCAGAUUUAUAUAUUAUGUUUGUAAAAUACAAUCAAGUGUCUGGCAAUAUCUGUUAGAUUGCAGCUGUUAACCAAAUCCAAUCCAAUUUUAUUUGUCACAUACACGUGUUUAGCAGAUGUUAUUGCGGGUGUAGCGAAAUGCUUGUGCUUCUAGCUCCGACAGUGCUGUAAUAUCUAACAAUUUCACAACAUAUACCUAAUACACACAAAUAAGGAAUGGAAUUUAAGAAUAUAUACAUAUAUGGACAAGCAAUGACAGAGCAGCAUGGACUAAGAUACAGUAGAAUAUUAUAGAAUAGAAUACAUUAUAUACAUAUGAGAUGAGUAGUGCAAGAUAUGUAAACAUUAUUAAAGUGACUAGUGUUCCAUUUCUUAAAGUGGCCAGUGAUUUCAAUAUGCAGCAGCAGCAUCUAAUGUGCUAGUGAUGACUAUUUAACAGUCGAUGGCCUUGAGAUAGAAGCUGUUUUUCAUUCUCUUGGUCCCAGCUUUGAUGCACCUGUACUGACCUCGCCUUCUGGAUGAUAACGGGGUGAACAGGCAGUGGCUCGGGUGGUUGAUGUCCUUGAUUAUCUUUUUGGCCUUCCUGUGACAUCGGGUGCUGUAGGUGUCCUGGAGGGCAGGUAGUUUGCCCCCGGUAAUGCGUUCGGCAGACCGCACCACCCUCUGGAGAGCCCUGCGGUUGCGGGCAGUGCAGUUGCCACACCAGGCGGUGAUACAGCCCAACAGGAUGCUCUCAAUUGUGCAUCUGUAAAAGGUUGUGAGGGUUUUAGGUGCCAAGACAAAUUCCUUCAGCUUCCUGAGGUUGAAGAGGCUCUGUUGCGCCUUCUUCACCACACUGUCUGUGUGGGUGGACCAUUUCAGUUUGUCAGUGAUGUGUAAGCCAAGGAACUUGAGGCUUUCCACCUUCUCCACUGCGGUCCCGUCAAUGUGGAUAGGGCGGUGCACCCUCUGCUGUUUCCUGAAGUCCACGAUCAUCUCCUUUGUUUUGUUGAUGUUGAAUGAGAGGUUAUUUUCCUGGCACCACACUCCCAGAGCCCUCACCUCCUCCCUGUAGGCUGUCUCGUCAUUGUUGGUAAUCAAGCCUACUACUGUUGUGUCGUCUGCAACCUUGAUGAUUGAGAUGGAGGCGUGCUUGGCCACGCAGUCAUGGGUGAACAGGGAGUACAGGAGGGGGCUGAGCACGCACCCUUGUGGGGCCCCAGUGUUGAGGAUCAGCGAAGUGGAGAUGUUGUUUCCUGCCUUCACCACCUGGGGGCGGCCCGUCAGGAAGUCCAGGACCCAGAUGCACAAGGUGGGGUUCAGACCCAGGGCCUCAAGCUUUGAUGAGCUUGGAGGGUACUAUGGUGUUGAAUGCUGAGCUAUAGUCAAUGAACAACAUUCUUACAUAGGUAUUCCUCUUGUCCAUAUGGGAUAGGGCAGUGUGAUGGCGAUUGCAUCGUCUGUGGAUCUAUUGGGGCGGUAAGCAAAUUGAAGUGGGUCUAGGGUGACAGAUAAGGUAGAGGUGAUAUGAUCCUUGACUAGUCUCUCAAAGCACUUCAUGAUGACAGAGGUGAGUGCUACGGGGCGAUAGUCAUUUAGUUCAGUUACCUUUGCUUUCUUGGGUACAGGAACAAUGGUGGCCAUCUUGAAGCAUGUGGGAACAGCAGACUGGGAAAGGGAGAGAUUGAAUAUGUCUGUAAACACACCAGCCAGCUGGUCUGCGCAUGCUCUGAGGACUGCAAGCUACCCGGAACAUAUCCCAGUCCGCGUGAUCAAAACAAUCUUGAAGCGUGGAUUCCGAUUGGUCAGACCAGCGUUGAAUAGUCCUUAGAACAGGUACUUCCUGUUUGAGUUUCUGCCUAUAGGGAGGAGCAAAAUGGAGUUGUGGUCAGAUUUGCCGAAAGGAGGGCGGGGGAGGGCCUUAUAACCAUCCCGGAAGUUCGAAUAGCAAUGGUAGAGGAUUUUAGCAGCCCGAGUACAACAGUCGAUAUGUUGAUAGAACUUCGGCAGCCUAGUCCUCAAAUUUGCUUGUUAAAAUCCCCGGCUACAAUAAAUGCAGCCUCAGGAUAUGUGGUUUCCAGUUUGCAUAAAGUCCAGUGAAGUUCUUUGAGGGCCGUCGUGGUAUCGGCUUGAGGGGGGGAUAUACACGGCCGUGACUAUAACCGAAGAAAAUUAUCUUGGGAGAUAAUACGGUCGGCAUUUGAUUGUGAGAUAUUCUCGGGUGAACAAAAGGACUUGAGUUCCUGUAUGUUACUACAAUUACACCAUGAGUCGUUAAUCAUGAAACACACACCUCCGCCCUUCUGCUUCCCGGAGAGAUAUUUAUUUCUGUCUGCGCAAUGAACUGAGAACCCAUCUGGCUGGACCGAUUUCGAACAGAAUAUCCCCAGAGAGCCAUGUUUACGUGAAACAAAGUAUGUUACAGGCCUUGAUGUCUCUCUGGAAAGAAAUCCUUGCCCUGAGCUCGUCGACCUUGUUAUCCAAAGACUGAACAUUAGCGAGUAGUAUACUUGGAAGCGGUGGGUGGUGUGCGCGCCUCCUAAGUCGAACCAGCAGGCCACUCCGAGUGCCUCUCCUCCGCCGGCGAUGCUUUGGGUCAGCCGCAAAGAAUCUGCUUCGGGAAAGUCAUAUUCCUGGUCGUAAUGCUAGUGAGUUACCGCCGCUCUGAUGUCCAAUAGUUUUUCCCGGCUGUAUGUAAUGAUACAAAACACUUUCUGAGCUAAUAAUGUAAAAAAUUAUACAUAAAAAAAAAAAGAAAAUACAGCAAUGUUUCCUAAGAGCUAGUCGCGAGGCCGCCAUCUUCGUCGGCUACAAGCUUGUUCAACCAAAUGAAGAAGCAGCAUACCCACAUUUGUUUUUAAAUGGCAAGAGCACAUACUUUAGAAGGCUUUCAUCUACCUUGACACAUUUCAGAUUCAAGACAUAUCUGACAGAAGGAAGACUCCCAACUGUGAUGAUUUAACUGGGUAGUCAAAACAGUCUGUGACAGAAGUUAACUAAUUAUAUACAACAUCCCUUUAAUAAAAAUUAUAUUUCUAACGAAAACCUAUACUGUCAUUUCUUUUGAUGCGACCGGGAGACCCAUGGGGCGGCACACAAUUGGCCCAGUGUCGUCCAGGUAGGGGAGGGAAUGGCCGGCAGGGAUGUAGCUCAGUUGGUAGAGCAUGGCAUUUGCAAUGCCAGGGUUGUGGGUUCGAUUCCCACAGGGGGCCAGUAUGAAAAAAAAAUAAAAAAUGUAUGCACUAAAUGUAAGUCGCUCUGGAUAAGAGCGUCUGCUAAAAUGUAAAUGUAAAUGUAUGAUGCAAUUGUCACCAGUGACAACCUUGAUGCAGAAUUUGGAUAGAUAUAUUUCCUUGUAUUCACUGACUGGACAGGUAACGUUGUGGAAUAGGACCAUCAUUGUGAUUUUUCUUUCACUUUAGGGUAAGAAAUGUCACUACAACCAUCAGAGGUCAUAUGUUCCAACUCUGAUAUCCGUCUUAUAACUUGUGCCACAGGAAAGUGUGUGUUUCUUACCGUUUUUAAAAUUUGACCUAAGAAGUUUACGAAAGGAAAACCUGAGAUGGUAUCAAGGUGACCGUGCUGUUUCACAUCAUCACUUAGAUGUAUAAGGCCAUGUACAUUGUAUACCAAAUUCUUAUCCCCAUAGAUCUGGCCAAAGUGCUCUACAAAAGACACCAGCAAAGUUUUAGCGAAGUCACACAUCUGAACACAUAGGGAAGGACUAGCAAGAAUUGAUAUUGCAACUGAAAGGAGUAUGAAACUAUUGUACACCGGUGCACACAACAUUGUACAGCACAACUGGCCCAGUGUAUAACAAAACUGUCUGAAUUCAGUAGCCUUCCACCUGUGUCUUUCAGCAACAGCCCUAGGCUUUCUUGCAAACUCACAGGGAGUAUAGCUUUUUAGAGAAAGUAGAUUCUGAGACAACUGAGUAACCCUCUGAGAUGAUAACCGGCAUUGAAGUGGACCAGUGCUGCCACUCCAUAGCUCUAACAGUUUUCUUGUCACUCCAAGACAUACAAGGUGCAUGUAGUCAUGGGGAAAUGCUGUUACCAUACCAAAACUAAGUUUGGUUAGUGGGGAUGUCUCCUUGUGAUGUUCCUCAUCUGACUGUGCAUUAAAAAUUCUAUCAGUUCUUAGGACACAAUUACUCUCAGGAAAGGUCAUCCUACCUUGAAAAUGCAAACCAUAUCCUGUACAUUUAUCACACCCAGCAUAGCCCGUGUGUGACUUGAUGCCUUUGAUGAAAGCCUGUGCAGGGGCAUCACAAACUAAUUGUAAUGAAGAGUUGUUUCCCUUUAAACGUAAAGCCAGAGUGUAAAUGUUUUGUUUCUUACACUAAAUCCAACAAUUGUUUACAGACAGAUUAUUUCACUUAUAAUUCACUGUAUCACAAUUCCAGUGGGUCAGAAGUUUACGUACACUAAGUUGACUGUGCCUUUAAACAGCUUGGAAAAUUCCAGAAAAUUCAGAAGCUUCUGAUAGGCUAAUUGACAUCAUUUGAGUCAAUUGGAGGUGUACCUGUGGAUGUAUUUCAAGGCCGACCUUCAAACUCAGUGCCUCUUUGCUUGACAUCAUGGGAAAAUCAAAAGAAAUCAGCCAAGACCUAAAAAAAAAAUUGUAUACCUUCACAAGUCUGGUUCAUCCUUGGGAGAAAUUCCUAAACGCCUGAAGGUACCACGUUCAUCUGUACAAACAAUAGUACGCAAGUAUAAACACCAUGGGUCCACGCAGCCGUCAUACCGCUCAGGAAGGAGACGCAUUCUGUCUCCUAGAGAUGAACGUUCUUUGGUGCAAAAAGUGCAAAUCAAUCCCAGAACAACAGCAAAAGACCUUGUGUAGAUGCUGGAGGAAACAGGUACAAAAGUAUCUAUAUCCACAGUAAAACGAGUCCUAUAUCGACAUAACGUGAAAAGCCGCUCAGCAAGGAAGAAGCCACUGCUCCAAAACCGCCAUUAAAAAGCCAGGCUACAGUUUGCAACUGCACAUGGGGACAAAGAUUGUACUUUUUGGAGAAUUGUCCUCUGGUCUGAUGAAACAAAAAUAGAACUGUUUGGUCAUAAUGACCAUCAUUAUGUUUGGAGGAAAAAGGGGGUUACUUGCAAGCCGAAGUACACCAUCCCAACCGUGAAGCACUGGGGUGGCAGCAUCAUGCUGUGGGGGUGCUUUGCUGCAGGAGGGACUGGUGCACUUCACAGAAUACAUGGCAUCGUGAGGAACGAAAAUUGUGUGGAUAUAUUGAAGCAACAUCUCAAGACAUCAGUCAGGAAGUUAAAGCUUGGUCGCAAAUGGGUCUUCCAAAUGGACAAUGACCCCAAGCAUACUUCCAAAGUUGUGGCAAAAUGGCUUAAAAACAACAAAGUCAAGGUAUUGGAGUGGCCAUCACAAAGCACUGACCUCUAUCCUAUAGAAAACUUGUGGGCAGAACUGAAAAAGUUUGUGCGAGCAAGGAGGCCUACAAACCUGACUCAGUUACACCAGCUCUGUCUAGAGGAAUGGGCCAAAAUUCACCCAACUUAUUGUUGGAAGCUUGUAGAAGGCUACCUGAAACGUUUGACCCAAGUUAAACAAUUUAAAGGCAAUGCUACCAAAUACUAAUUGAGUGUAUGUAAACUUCUGACCCACUGGGAAUGUGAUGAAAUAAAUACAAGCUGAAAUAAAUCAUUCUCUCUACUAUUAUUCUGACAUUUCACAUUCUUAAAAUAAAGUGGUGAUCCUAACUGACCUAAGACAGUGAAUUUUUACUAGGAUUAAAUGUCAGGAAUUGUGAAAAACUGAGUUUAAAUAUAUUUGGCUAAGGUGUAUGUAAACUUCUGACUUCAACUGUAGCUGUACCAUGAUAUUUGCACUGUGAAGCGUACUGUAGCUGUGGCUAAGUAAACCUCGUAAUUGUCCUCCAAUAUUCCACCUGCUAAAACCUCCCCCCAUCUCAAGUUGGGUUGUCGUUCCAGUGACUGGCUGACCAUCCCUGUACACAUGGAUCCUAGGACCUUUAAGAGAUAGGGGCCCAUCCUUUAAAAAGAGUACAUGGUGCCACCUACAGUACAGAACCAGAUCCGCAGCCAACAUCAUUUUGAAAGCCUUCGCCUCAGUUGUAGAGGUGAAACUCACAAUAAAAUAAGACAGCGGGAGACUGUUUUGCGGCGCUCAAACACAAGUUGUUUAUUUUAAUAAAGGUAGGGGGGAACGGGGAGGGGAGAAAUAUAACUGAAAGGCCUCUCGGGUAACGGGGGGGUCACUAGGUGUCCGGCGUGGAGGCUCCUCGGACCGCCUGUGGUAAUGAACAACAAAAGAGAGAGUGCGAUGAGUCCGGGGUUUCAAUACUUGUUCUCAACUUGUGUCCGGUGGCGUGCUGCCCGGGAAUGGGUCCUCUUCCUUUAGGGGCAAAGAAAGGGAAGAGAGAGAGACAUGGGAGUCAAACAUUGCCUAGUAUCUUCUUUGGCGUCUGAUCGAGGUGAUUGUUAUACGCACCUGUCAGUCGCAGGACCUAGAAUGCCAUUGUAAUUUUUCAACUCAAAUGGCACAGAAUUCGUGGCACUCUCUGUAUAAAAGUCUGGCCAAAAACAAAUACACAGAUUUGACAGUCAAGCUAUUAGUAAAAUAAAAGCCAUCCCCUUUCACUAUGUAGAACUUCCUGAGAGGUGAUGAUUCGUUGAAGUUAAAGAAGAAAGCAACUGAUUUGUUUCGGCAGCCUCCCUUAAUCUCCGUCCGACAUUCUAGAAUUUAGAUGACUGUCUAAAACAAAUUCUCUUCUAUAACCAGUGAUGUGAAAAUGAUCAGAUUCUGUGUAACCUUUAAAUAGUGUUAGUUUAAAGAGCGCAUACAUCCCAAACAUUUGCCUCCUGUUCUAUUGAUUUCAACGUGAUAUCGAUGGAAAUGAUGUUUUAAAAAUAAUAAAGUUACACUUACCAUGUUGGCAACCCACUUGAAUCAAAAUGCAACACUUCAAAAUGUAGCUAGGUGUCUUCUGCAAGUUGUCCUCUAACCAGUGGUGUACACAUUAUUCUCAGAUUCCGUGUGGUUUUUGAGCUGUGUUCGUUUUAACGGGAAAGUUUUAACCUAAUAUCCCCCAUCUCGCGCUAUUGAUUUCAACGUGAUAAUCGAUAUGAGUGAUUGAUAAGUGUUGCGUUUCUGUUUUGGUGACCUCCGUAUCAAAAUGCAGCAUUCCAAAAUGUAGCUGACUGUUUUCUGCAGGUUGUCCUCUAACCAGUGAUGUUAAAAUCUCUUUAGUUUCAAUGUGGUUUUUGUGGUUGUGGUAGUUUCAACAGCGCAUACAACCUGAUUUCCUAAUCGAUAUGAGAGAUUUAUUGCCACAGGGUGUUUGGUGAUUGUGCAGUUUAUAAAGUGCUCGUUAAAAAAAAUACAAGUAAUAUGAUUACUAUUGUUGCACAUGUAUGUGUAGAUGGUAAAUGUCAAGUUUAGGUUUUCAAUAUAUAAAAUACUUUCUGCAUAUUGGUUAUUGAUUUGGGCUAUUUAUCAAAAUGGCUUGUCAACAGGAAGCAGCAACAACAUAAUUUUUAACUUACAUUUUAGGAAUAUAAACUGCACUUUCAACGUUAAUUUCCAAUAGUAUUGUAAUUAAUCAGGUAAACACUGCUGAAUGAGUCCAAAAACAUGCUGUGAUUGAUUUAUUUUGAUGAUAUACCAGAAAUCACCAAAACUGGUUUGCCCGAUAAUAGCAAUCUGUGUUGGUCAUUCCACUAAUCCUCAAGAAUAUCAGUCCACAUCCUUGUUAUGAGGUUUGUACUAACCUGGCUUGCGGAGUCAUCCCACCUGUAGUAGUUGGAGCAAAAACUUGUUCUGCGUUACAGGCCGACUAUAUUGCAGUAGCCUACCGGUUCUCACAAUGGCUGCAUAGGUGUUAAACGUAUCAGCUUAUCACAUCAUGUGAUGGGAAUCAAAACCUAUUCAAUCUGGUGCCCGACUGCACCAUCGAUGACAUGGCAUGCAACGAUUGCUCGUUGCUGCACACAGCAAGACUGCAAUGGAGUCAGCCUGGAACGCCACCUUGGUCACGUUGAAUGAGUAAUCCUCUUAAUGUAUUGUGUGUGUGUAGGUGGUCAAUAUGAGUACAUCUUGGUGGAAAAGCGGGGAGAGAAUCAGGAUGUGGGCUACAUUCAGUUGAACCGCCCCAAGGCUCUGAACGCUCUGUGUGACGGGCUGAUGCUGGAGCUGGGAAAAGCGCUGGACGCUUUCGAGGCCGACGGAACAGUGGGCGCCAUCGUCCUUACCGGCAGCGACAGGGCCUUCGCAGGUGAGGAUGUGUGUGUGAACGAGACGGAGAGAGAGAUGAGUGUGUGCACACAUCUGGUGUCUUUCACCUGAAAACUAUGUGUGUGUCUCAGCUGGGGCUGACAUUAAGGAGAUGCAGAAUCGUACCUUCCAGGAGUGUUAUGCCGGGAACUUCCUAGCUCACUGGAACAGAGUCUCUACCAUCAAGAAACCAGUCAUUGCUGCUGUCAACGGGUUCGCUGUGAGUACACACACACCAACACACACCUCAGUCAACAGGUACUCUGUUAUAACAGUAUACACUAGAGGUCUUCACGGGUCCAAAAGGUUGGACCCGUUCCGGAAUGGACCGGUGGCGUUCCCACCCGGACCCGAUAUGCAUAUACAGUGGGGAGAACAAGUAUUUGAUACACUGCCAAUUUUGCAGGUAUUCCUACUUACAAAGCAUGUAGAGGUCUGUAAUUUUUAUCAUAGGUACACUUCAACUGUGAGAGACGGAAUCUAAAACAAAAAUCCAGAAAAUCACAUUGUAUGAUUUUUAAGUAGUUAAUUAGCAUUUUAUUGCAUGACAUAAGUAUUUGAUACAUCAGAAAAGCAGAACUUAAUAUUUGGUACAGAAACCUUUGUUUGCAAUUACAGAGAUCAUACGUUUCCUGUAGGUCUUGACCAGGUUUGCACACACUGCAGCAGGGAUUUUGGCCCACUCCUCCAUACAGACCUUCUCCAGAUCCUUCAGGUUUCGGGGCUGUCGCUGGGCAAUACCGACUUUCAGCUCCCUCCAAAGAUUUUCUAUUGGGUUCAGGUCUGGAGACUGGCUAGGCCACUCCAGGACCUUGAGAUGCUUCUUACGGAGCCACUCCUUAGUUGCCCUGGCUGUGUGUUUGGGGUCGUUGUCAUGCUGGAAGACCCAGCCACGACCCAUCUUCAAUGCUCUUACUGAGGGAAGGAGGUUGUUGGCCAAGAUCUCGCGAUACAUGGCCCCAUCCAUCCUCCCCUCAAUACGGUGCAUUCGUCCUGUCCCCUUUGCAGAAAAGCAUCCCCAAAGAAUGAUGUUUCCACCUCCAUGCUUCACGGUUGGGAUGGUGUUCUUGGGGUUGUACUCAUCCUUCUUCUUCCUCCAAACACGGCGAGUGGAGUUUAGACCAAAAAGCUCUAUUUUUGUCUCAUCAGACCACAUGACCUUCUCCCAUUCCUCCUCUGGAUCAUCCAGAUGGUCAUUGGAAAACUUCAGACGGGCCUGGACAUGCGCUGGCUUGAGCAGGGGGACCUUGCGUGCGCUGCAGGAUUUUAAUCCAUGACGGCGUGGUGUGUUACUAAUGGUUUUCUUUGAGACUGUGGUCCCAGCUCUCUUCAGGUCAUUGACCAGGUCCUGCCGUGUAGUUCUGGGCUGAUGCCUCACCUUCCUCAUGAUCAUUGAUGCCCCACGAGGUGAGAUCUUGCAUGGAGACCCAGACCGAGGGUGAUUGACCGUCAUCUUGAACUUCUUCCAUUUUCUAAUAAUUGUGCCAACAGUUGUUGCCUUCUCACCAAGCUGCUUGCCUAUUGUCCUGUAGCCCAUCCCCGCCUUGUGCAGGUCUACAAUUUUAUCCCUGAUGUCCUUACACAGCUCUCUGGUCUUGGCCAUUGUGGAGAGGUUGGAGUCUGUUUGAUUGAGUGUGUGGACAGGUGUCUUUUAUACAGGUAACGAGUUCAAACAGGUGCAGUUAAUACAGGUAAUGAGUGGAGAACAGGAGGGCUUCUUAAAGAAAAUCUAACAGGUCUGUGAGAGCCGGAAUUCUUACUGGUUGGUAGGUGAUCAAAUACUUAUGUCAUGCAAUAAAAUGCAAAUGUAUUACUUAAAAAUCAUACAAUGUGAUUUUCUGGAUUUUUUAGAUUCCGUCUCUCACAGUUGAAGUGUACCUAUGAUAAAAAUUACAGACCUCUACAUGCUUUGUAAGUAGGAAAACCUGCAAAAUCUGCAGUGUAUCAAAUACUUGUUCUCCCCACUGUGUGUGUGUAUGUGUAUGUGUGUGUAUAUAUAUAUAUAUAUAUAUAUAUAUAUAUAUAUAUAUAUAUAUAUAUAUAUAUAUAUACAUAUACAUACAUACAUACAUACAUACAUACAUACAUACUUUUUUUUUUAUGGAGACCCAUUCCGAAUGGACUUGAGGGCAUUCAUACUCAUUUCAAAAAGUCCAGUGGAAAAACGGACCCAAACAGACCUGUGGCGAUUCGGAUCCGAGAGACUCGUUCAGAUCCGAGAGUAGAAAGAGAGAAAGAAACCUCUGACCUGGCGCCAUCAAUAAACGAGCGAUAUUGGCCAAAUUAGCCACAGUUAGGCCUACGUGUCCUUAAAAACAACCUAUAACAAAUUAAAAAUAUAUAUUCCUUGUUUCGAUGUGUGGCAUAUUCAAAACAUUAGCCUAUUGUUUUAUUGGUUUUUACUUUCCUAAAACAGUAAUUGUCCACUUCCAGGUUCAGCUGUAAGAGAUUUGAUGGCUAAAUGCACCAGAGCAUUGCAUGCAUAGGCCUAUAUGCGUCCACUGUAUGAUAUUAAUAGGCCUAUUUAAAAAAGUAAUAUAAAGGAAGAGAAAUUUAGGCCUAGCCCUAGAGAGAGGGAUGGAUGCCGGCAACAUGUUCCCCUAUACCGUCAUGCAUUUCUUUAUCCUUGCCAGAUAGGCUGUUGCUGCUGUACAGAUAUACUGUAGGCUUGCAGAAGGAGGCUAAUUAGUAAAUUUUCGAUCAGAAUAUUUUUUUAAGAUAAAGAUAAACAUUAUAUUGUUAGAUUAUAGAAGUACUGGUAGGCCUAAAACACUCUUCCUCACCUCAAGUUCAACUGUCGGAGUCCGAGGGAGGCACACUGCCUUCUCCACACCAAACCUUCACAAAAGUUUCUAAACUAGCCUAGCGGUUAGAUCGUUGGGCCAGUAACCGAAUGGUCGCUGGUUUGAAUACCCGAGCCGACAAUGUGAAAAAUCUGUCUGUGCUCUUACUACUAUGGCUGACCCUGUAAAACAACACCUAUUCGGUGUAUGUGACAAUAAAACAUAUUAUUAUAUUAUAAAAAGUAAGUCAAGCCAUUGUUGAAGGAAAAUACAAAAGGCUAUUUAUUAUAUUGUUGCAAACACAACUUUACAGUUGGAACUUAAAGAUGUCCACAUAGUCCUGCUUUGUGGCAUUUCGCAAAGGCUCUGUUAUACUGAUCGCACUAUACGUUUAUGUGCGUGUAGAUAUGGUUCUCCUUCUCCCGAGUGGCGCAGUGGCCUAAAGCACUGCAUCGCAGUGCUAGCUGUGCCACUAGAGAUCCUGGUUCGAAUUCAGGCUCUGCUGUAGCCGGCCGCAACCGGGAGACCAAUGGGGCGGCGCACAAUUGGUCCAGCGUCGUCCAGGGUAGGGGAGGGAAUGGCCGGCAGGGAGGUAGCUCAGUUGGUAGAGCAUGGCGUUUGCAACGCCAGGGUUGUGGGUUCGAUUCCCAUGGGGGGCCAGUAUGAAAAAAAAAAGAAUAAUGUAUGCACUAACUGUAAGUCGCUCUGGAUAAGAGCAUCUGCUAAAUGACGUAAAUGUAAAAAUGUAAAUGUUGUUCGAUAGAGCCAUUGUACGUCAUUCACCAAUGUUCCUAUUGUCGGAUUCAUUGCUAAAUAAAUACAAAUUCCAGUCUCUGAAAGACUACAACUUGUGUUGGGUGGUGCUUCGUGCUCUGGCCCCCGUCCCUUCCCCAAGGCAGGCUUUUUUUUUAAAGAGACUGACACUAACAAAACAGUCCUUUGGGCAAAACUGAAAGAACUGACCAGAUGCAAUGGGUUCAAGUGAUUCCUUUCAUCAACACGAAUUCGACAAUGGAGGAUCUAUUAGCUACAUGGUGACAUUCAACCAUACAUGUUUCAACCGGAACAUAGCGAAGAGGAUAUAGCUAACGUUAGAAGCUCAGCUAUGAGCCGAAGCUAGCACCAAGAGGCCAGAUGACAAAUACGGUGCCUAGCUAAGUUAUUUUUCCUGCCACCUAGCUAGCUAUCUAACUUUAGUUUAUCUACUGAAACCCAUAUUGUGUAUUGUUGGCUUGCUCUCUAACAUACUACUGUGUUACAGUGGGGGAUAAAUAUAUUUUUAUGUUUGCUAACUUUGCUAAACAAUUACGGUAGCCAUAUACAGUGAUCCCUCGCCACUUCGCGGUUCACUUAUCGCGGAUUCGCUAUUUCGCGGAUUUUCAUAAUGCAUUUUUUUUUUUUUGGUGCAUUGUGCUCUGCAUUCUGAUUCGCUAAAAACUCACUCCCGCUUCUUGUAUCAAAACAUGCUACGAAUUCUGCUAUCAUUUUGUCGUCUCGUGCAGUUAUGUGUACGUACAUAAAACAGCUUGGCAAAUUUACAUUAAGUUGGCCAAAUUAUCUUGUAAUUUCGAACAUCUCCUAAACCCAUAAUGUCGACGAAACGGCCUGGACCGACAAAAGCACCUGCGGAUGGGCCCAAACGGCGGAAGAUGCUACCUAUCUCAGAUAAAGUUAAACUUCUGGACAUGCUAAGGGAAGGUAAAUGACAAAGCCACAAAGCGACGAUGAAAGAGAAGAGGGAGAAGAGGACACGAGAGAUGAGGAGGAAGGACUAACGCUUGGUCGCUUAGCAACCAUGGUGCGAAUGGCCACUGAACUUAAGCGAGUAGCUGAGGAAUGGGACCCUUUGAUGAGCCGUUCAUUACAGUUCUCCAACGUAAUCGAUGGUGGCAUGUCGGUGUACAAGGAUCUUUUUGCAAAGAAGAAAAAAGAGCGACAACAGCUGCCUAUCACUAUGUUCUUCUCCCGAACAAACACACCUGCACCGCGGGCUUCAGAAGAAGAGAACACUGCAGAGCGCAGUCAGGAUGCAGCGGCCCAGUCUGAAGAGCAGUGAAACGGCCUACACGUGAGUCACUGUAUUUGUAUACAUGUAAUAGUUGCUAAUUGUAAAAAAAAAAAGUUUUCUAUUUCGCGGAUUUCACUUAUCGCGGGUCAUUUUCGGAACGUAACCCCCGCGAUAAACGAGGGAUUACUGUAUGACAAAAAAUAGGUUUUACAAUCAAAAAACUUUUGUACCUUGAUUCUUCUCUUUUUAGUCUUAGAUAUGGCUGCUAAACAGCAAGCUGCAACGUUACAACCAGCCACCUAAAGCUAGGUUUACCAGCAAACAGCACAUUAAUGGAGUUGGCUAGCUAGUUAGCCUGGCACCUGCUAACUUGUCAUGCGCCAUGCCUCGCAUUUGUAACUUGUUAGUAAACGUGUAACAUCAGCAAUUGUAAAUAAUUUGACUAGCUAGUUAUGUAACAUACACUAUAUAUACAAAAGAAUGUGGACACCCCUUCAAAUUAGUGGAUUCGGCUAUCCUGUUGCUGACGGGUGAAUAAAAUCGAGCACACAGCCAUGCAAUCUCCAUAGACAAACAUUAGCAGUAGAAUGGCCUUACUGAUGAGCUCAGUGGUACCGUCAUAGGAUGCCCCCUUUCCAACAAGUCAGUUCAUCAAAUUUCUGCCCUGCUAGAGCUGCCCCGGUCAACUGUAAGUGCUGUUAUUGUGAAGUGACAACGGCUCAGCCACUAAGUGGUAGGCCACACAAGCUCACAGAACGGGAAUGCCGAGUGCUGAGGCGCAUGGCGCGUAAAAAUUGUCUGUCCUCGGUUGCAACACUCACUACCGAGUUCCAAACUGCUUCUGGAAGCAACAUCAGCACAAUAACUGUUAGUCAGGAGCUUCAUGAAAUGGGUUUCCAUUGCCGAGCAGCCGCACACAAGCUUAAGUUCACCAUGCGCAAUGCCAAGCAUCGGCUGGAGUGGUGUAAAGUUCACCGCCAUUGGACUGGAUCAGUGGAAACGCUUUCUCUGGAGUGAUGAUUCACGCUUCACCAUCUGGCAAUCCGACGGACGAAUAUGGGUUUGGUGGAUGCCAGGAGAAUGCUACCUGCCCAAAUGCAUAGUGCCAACUGUAACGUUUGGUGGAGGAGGAAUAAUGGUAUGGGGCUGUUUUUCAUGGUUUGAGCUAGCCCCCUUAGUUUCAGUGAAGGGAAAUCUCAACGAUACAAUGACAUUCUAGACAAUUCUGUGCUUCCAACUUUGUGGCAACUGUUUGGGGAAGGCCCUUUCCUGUUUCAGCAUGAAAGUGCCCCCGUGCACAAAGCGAGGUCCAUACAGAAAUGGUUUGUCGAGAUCGGUGUGGAAGAACUUGACUGGCCUGCACAGAGCCCUGACCUCGACCCCAUCGAACACCUUUGGGAUGAAUUGGAACGCCUACUGCGAGCCAGGCCUAAUCGUCCAACAUCAGUGCCCAACCUCACUAAUGCUCUUGUGGCUGAAUGGAAGCAAGUCCCCGCAGCAAUGUUCCAACAUCUAGUGGAAAGCCUUCCCAGAAGAGUGGAGGCUGUUAUAGCAGCAAAGGGGGGACCAACUCCAUAGUAAUGCCCAUGAUUUUGGAAUGAGAUGUUCGACGAGCAGAUGUCCACAAACUUUUGGUCAUAUAGUGUAAUUGAUGAGGGUUGACAUUGGUUAUGAUUUUUUAUUUUUAUUUUAUUUAACUAGGCAAGUCGUUUAAUAACAAAUUCUUAUUUACAAUGAUGGCCUACCCCGGCCAAACUCGGACAACGCUGGGCCAAUUGUGUGCCGCCCUAUGGGACUCCCAAUCACGGCCGGAUUGUGAUACAGCCUGGAAUCGAACCAGGGUCUGUAGUGAUGCCUCUAGCACUGAGAUGCAGUGCCUUAGACCACUGCGCCACUUGGGAGCCUAAAUGAUUAGUGAUGACCGUGGAUGCAUUUCAAUCUCACAAAAUUAUAGGCAUGACGCAAGAUAGGAUUCCAAACAGAUGUAAAUAACAAGCGUUGUAUAUCCAGCAAGCUAUCUAAGAUUACAAGCAAACAGUGAGAAACAAUAAUGCAACAAUUUACUGUUGUAAAUCUCUAAAACUGAAGCUGGUUCUACUAUUUAACCUAAGCAUGCCCGAGAGACAUGGCUGUAGGUAUACAUUUCUAUGGUCGGGUCACUGUGCAAAGGUUGAGAGGUAUGCCAUAUGUCUUUCUAUUAUGCUAGAUAUUGUUGUAAAUGUAAACUCUGUCCCUGUGCACGUGUAUGCAUGUUCAACUAGUCUAAAGUUCAACUGUCGUUCAAACUGUACAAUAGAGUAUUAUUUAUUUAUUUUAGUCUUACAGACAAUACCGUGUGGUGCCUGGCCUUCUUCCUGGAGUAUGCUAUUCUGUCGUCAAUGGAUGAAUGGGUGAUAGAAACCGAUAAUGGUGCAUGUGACUUCAGUUAAGUUUUGGAUAGCCGCCGAUUUUUAAACCAAGUACACGCUCAAUGGCUUUCCAUAUCUGGGGAUAGAUUCAACCAAUUUCCCUGGCAGACAAGUUGAUUGCGAAGAAGACUAGCCUGCUAGGAACAGUGAACAAACAAAGGUGGGAGCUGCCCCCCUCUGCACAACACAACACAACAUACCAGCGGAGCUGUACUCCACAUCAGUGAUAAAAGCAACACUCACGGUGUACAGAUGUAAAAUAAAGAAAAUGUUUGCAUCCUCAGCACCAUGCAGCCCACUGGAUCUGGCAUGUGAGCUUCGUGAGCCGCCAAGCAGGCCGCUAAGGCAGCAGGUCCUGCUCUCCCUCUUCCCCAAGCACCGCAGCUCCCACUCAGAAAAAAUAAGACACAAUGUCAAGUCGGCAGGUGCACACGAAACAAGGCCCAUGAAAACUGUGUGCAGUGUAACCGAUUUUGUUUGUGGGGCUUGCUCACACAAAGCCCGAAGCUGUGUGCUGACCGUGGAUCCGAAGCAUAAAGAGAAGACGUGUUUAAUUAAUGUUUACAGUGUCCGAUACCAUUAACAAAUGACUGUUUUUAUCUUGUCAUGAAUAUUUCUUUACGCAAUUAAUCCUUUACAACAUGCACUGGGGCUUUUGUUUAGGAGUACAGUGAAUAAUUUCACCUGCGCACCUGGCUGGUUAUAUUAUUAUUAUUAUGAUUAUUAUUAUUAUCUUUUUUGUUUCUACUUUGUCAAAAUAAUCUGUAACUGGACUUUAUUAAUUAUUAUAACUCUUACUAAUCAAAUCUAUGUUUGUUUUUAUCGGCUAUAGGCCUUCGUCUUUCCUAGGACUUUGUAGAAUUAUACGAAACAUAUCCUUGACUCGAUCUAAACAAGUAACUUGUUAUUAUUUUUAUUUAUAUAUUUCCAUUAAUAUUCCUUCAUGCAAUUAAUCCUUUACAAUAGUUCAUGCACUAUUUAUCAAGCAUGUUUGCGCACCUUGCGGGUUGGUAUGCAUCUGAUGCAUAUGCUAAAGGGGACGCCCGGCAAUGUUCUCUAGCGGGUACUUGUAUGCUGAAAGGCCAGGUGGUUCUAGUGUUAAUUCACAGGAACACAUCAGCAGGAGGGUUGUGCUUCCUCCUGUCACUUCUCACACUACAUACAGUUGAAGUCGGAAGUUUACAUACACUUAGUUUGGAGUCAUUAAAACUCGUUUUUCAACCACUCCACAAAUUUCUUGUUAACAAACUAUAGUUUUGGCAAGUCGGUUAGGACAUCUACUUUGUGCACGACAUAAGUAAUUUUUCCAACAAUUGUUUACAGACAGAUUAUUUCACGUAUAAUUCACUGUAUCACAAUUCCAGUGGGUCAGAAGUUUACAUACACUAAGUUGACUGUGCCUUUUUAAACAGCUUGGAAAAUUCCAGAAAAUGAUGUCAUGGCUUUAGAAGCUUCUGAUAGGCCAAUUGGGCGGCAGGUAGCUUAGUGGUUAAGAGCGUUGUGCCAGUAACCGAAAGGUCGCUGUUUCUAAUCCCCGAGCCGACUAGCUGAAAAAUCUGUCGAUGUGCCCUUGAGCAAGGCACUUAACCCUAAUUGCUCCUGUAAGUCGCUCUGGAUAAGAGCGUCUGCUAAAUGACUAUAAAUGUAAAAAUUGGAGGUGUACCUGUGGAUGUAUUUCAAGGCCUUGAAAAAGAAAAGGAAAGGUAUACCCUGAUGAAGACAGCUUGUCUGUCGAAAAUAAAUUAUUGCAUCUGAGCUCCUAGAGUGUGCGGCUUUCCUUUUCUUUUUCAAGUGUUUUACGCCGUCAGCCAGCACCUCGCCUAAAUAUGUGUGCGUUUCUUUCCACUUUGUAUUUCAAGGCCUACCUUCAAACUCAGUGCCUCUUUGCUUGACAUCAUGGGAAAAUCAAAAGAAAUCAGCCAAGACCUCAGAAAAAAAUUUGUAGACCUCCACAAGUCUGGUUCAUCGUUGGGAGCAAUUUCCAAACGCCUGAAGGUACCACGUUCAUCUGUACAAACAAUAGUACGCAAGUAUAAACACCAUGGGACCACGCAGCCGUCAUACCGCUCAGGAAGGAGACGAGUUCUGUCUCCUAGAGAUGAACGUAUUUUGGUGCAAAUCAAUCCCAGAACAACAGCAAAGGACCUUGUGAAGAUGCUGGAGGAAACAGGUACAAAAGUAUCUAUAUCCACAGUAAAACAAGUCCUAUUUCGACAUAACCUGAAAGGCCGCUCAGCAAGGAAGAAGCCACUGCUCCAAAACCGCCAUAAAAAAGCCAGACUACGGUUUGCAACUGCACAUGGGGACAAAGAUUGUACUUUUUGGAGAAACGUCCUCUGGUCUGAUGAAACAAAAAUAGAACUGUUUGGCCAUAAUGACCAUCGUUAUGUUUGGAGGAAAAAGGGGAAGGCUUGCAAGCCGAAGAACACCAUCCCAACCGUGAAGCACUGGGGUGGCAGCAUCAUGCUGUGGGGGUGCUUUGCUGCAGGAGGGACUGGUGCACUUCACAAAAUAGAUGGCAUCAUGAGGAAGGAAAAUUAUGUGGAUAUAUUGAAGCAACAUCUCAAGACAUCAGUCAGGAAGUUAAAGCUUGGUCGCAAAUGGGUCUUCCAAAUAGACAAUGACCCCAAGCAUCCUUCCAGUUGUGGCAAAAUGGCUUAAGUUGUGGCAAAAUGGCUUAAGGACAACAAAGUCAAGGUAUUGGAGUGGCCAUCACAAAGCCCUGACCUCAAUCCUAUAGAAAGUUUGUGGGCAGAACUGAAAAAGUGUGUGCGAGCAAGGAGGCCUACAAACCUGACUCAGUUACUCCAGUUCUGUCAGGAGGAAUGGGCCAAAAUUUACCGAACUUAUUGUGGGAAGCUUGUGGAAGGCUACCCGAAACGUUUGACCCAAGUUAAACAAUUUAAAGGCAAUGCUACCAAAUACUAAUUGAGUGUAUGUAAACUUCUGACCCACUGGGAAUGUGAUGAAAGAAAUAAAAGCUUAAAUAAAAUCAUUCUCUCUACUAUUAUUCUGACAUUUCACAUUCUUAAAAUAAAGUGGUGAUUUUUUACUAGGAUUAAAUGUCAGGAAUUGUGAAAAACUGAGUUUAAAUGUAUUUGGCUAAGGUGUAUGUAAACUUCCGACUUCAACUGUAGCUAACGUUAUGUUACAUCUAAUCGAGAAUCUUUCAUUUUGUUGUGAAGGAAACAAUCUAUGGUAUCGCAUCACUUCUCAGCUAGUGUCGAAAUGCAUUCCCCAUCAGUUCAGCCUGAAAAUCCCUCUGAUAAUCUUUGGUCAUCAUACGGCGCAUCAUUCUUGAUAGCAGCAAGCCACUGGCAGCAUCAGGGUAAAUCUCUGGUAGGUAGAACGGUGAAAGGUAACUCAUUUUCGUGCUUGUUUGUAAUUAGCACAGCCAGGCACAGAACACCACAUGCAUUAUUACAAACAUUAGUGGAAAACGAACACUGUCAAAACAAAUCUUGCCUACAGAAGUUCUGAGAUUGCUGUGUGUUGUUCGUUCGAAGUACAUAAUGCAAUCAUCCAAGUUUGUGGGCACGCCCCAUCUACCUUAGCUGGCAGUAUCUGCAUUCGCUAUGAAUGCCGGUUCACAAUGAGCAGAUUAAUACACAGGAAGUCGAAACUUCCUGAUUCUACCAGUGAAAUCUAAAUGUGCUAGUUCUAGCUUGUGGUUUGGAUAAUUGGGAUGUUUAUGAUUAAAACGUAAUGUUAAUAUAGUAAUGACAGUAUGCUGUGGCAGAGCCAGGGUGAAAUUCCCUUUUAAUUUGGCCAAAGAAAAUGUCACCAAAAUGAAACACUUGUUUCAUAUUUAAAGAACUGGUAUAAACCUUCAUAACAGUUUUGAACAGCCUAUAUUGCAGCAAUUACCAACAAAGGUGAGUCCCUAAAGUACCCAACAAAUGACAGAAAUGGGCUUGUUAAGAUGUAUUUUACAACAGGCCUACUUACACUGAGUACUGUAUACCAAACAUUAGGAACACCUUCUUAAUAUUGAGUUGCAUCUCCCCCCUUUUGCCCUCAGAACAGCCUCAAUUCGUUGGGGCAUGGAAUCUACAAGGUGUCGAAAGCGUUCAACAGGGAUGCUGGCCCAUGUUGACUCCAAUGCUUCCCACAGUUGUUAAUAAUAAUAAUAAUAAUAAUAAUAAUAUGCCAUUUAGCAGACGCUUUUAUCCAAAGCGACUUGCAGUCAUGCGUGCAUACAUUUUUGUGUAUGGGUGGUCCCGGGGAUCGAACCCACUACCCUGGCGUUACAAGUGCCGUGCUCUACCAGUUGAGCUACAGAGGACCUGUCUCCUCCCCUUCAUCUACACUGAUUUGAAGUGGAUUUAACAAGUGACACCAAUAAGGGAUCAUGUUUUUAAUGUUUUGUAUACUCAGUGUAUAACCUAAAUACGGAGCACAAAAUUAAAAAGACAGUUCAAACUUUAAUUUAGCCAACAAAAAUGUCUCAACAGAAUGAAUCAAAACACUUCAACGUUCUUCUCAUCUUGGUCCGCUACGAUAUUAAAACUUGUCCACGGAUUCCCAUGUCGGCUUCUUUUCACUACACUCCUUCUCCUCUAACUUUAGUUUUACUUCAAUGAAAAAGGUCUUAGGUCAAGUCUCCUCUCUCUUGCGCUCUCUCUCUCUUCAGCAGCAAGCGCACGUGAGGUGAACGGCCGGAACCAGUUUCAGCUGGACCUGGCCGGCCUAUGCUAUACGCUGACACAGAUAACAAGCUCACACAGUUUUCUCAUCACCUCACACAUUAAAUUAAGAGGAUGGGUCCAGUCAGUAAAUCAAUUUUAAUUGCACAUACUGAGACCUGUGGCAAUUAUAUCAGACACGACCCAGAUCCGAGACAAAAGUGUGUGUUAACAUUCUUUCUGUGUGUGCUCUCUUGUGUGUCUCUUGCUCUCUCGCUAUGUAUUUUUUUGUAGUUGGGGGGAGGCUGUGAGCUUGCUAUGAUGUGUGACAUCAUCUUUGCUGGAGAGAAGGCUCAGUUUGGACAGCCAGAGAUCCUUUUGGGAACAAUCCCAGGUACAAAUAAUAAUAAUCCCUGAUCAAUGUGGAUUGAAAAUAGUUCAGUCUGUCUGUUGGUCUGUAGAUGAACUGUACUCUGUGUGUAGGUGCUGGUGGUACUCAGAGACUGACAAGGGCAGUGGGGAAAUCUCUCGCCAUGGAGAUGGUACUGACUGGAGACAGGAUCACAGCACAGGAGGCUAAACAGUCAGGUAUCACACACACAAACCUCACAUUAUACACACAAAGGAGGGUAAACGGUCAGGUAACUCGCAGACACACACAGGAGGCUAAACAGUCAGGUAACUUGCACGUAAGCACACACACACAGGAGGCUAAACAGUCAUAACACGCACAAACCUCACAUACACACACUUACCAUGCUCUCUCUCUCUCUUAGGUCUGGUGAGUAAGAUCUGUCCAGUAGACCAAUUGGUGUCAGAAGCUAUUAAAUGUGGGGAGAAGAUCGCUGCCAACUCCAAGAUCGUGUCUGCCAUGGCUAAAGAGGCCGUCAACGCAGGUUAGAGAGCUGUUCUGAUUUUUACAUAUUUGACCGUACAAUGAUAUGUGAGAUGUUUAGAUAUUUCAUGUUUUGUGAACUUGAAUCAAAUAUGUAAAUGUUUGAAAUAUCUAAUUCCCUAGUCUUUUAUUGCUUUAGUUGUAUUAAUUAAUGCAAGUUCUAACGUGUGUUGGUGUGUAGCCUACGAGCUGACGCUGGCUGAAGGGAAUCGUCUGGAAAAGAGAUUAUUUCACUCGACCUUCGCCACGGUCAGUCAAUCUACUGAUAUUCUCUUAUUCAGAUCAACUGUUUUCUUAGGAAGCUCCUUUUGGCAUAACCUGGUCGUACAUGCCACCAUUUCUCAAGUGUGUGUUCUGUGUGUACUCACUGACAUUGUGUUUCCUAUCACAGGAGGACCGUAAGGAGGGCAUGACAGCGUUUGUGGAGAAGAGAAAGGCCAAUUUCAAGGACCAGUAG